AUGAGUCGUCGGGCUAGUUUGUUGGCCAAACAAAAUAAAACCAAACCAAAAGUUCGAUUUCCCGAUGAAUUAGUGUUUUUAGAUAAUGUAAAGGAAAAUGAUUUAAAGGCUAUGGACUCAAUGUUGAGACGUGCCAGUUUACAAAUGGAUUUAAACGCUCUAAAUGAUGCAGGCUUAACUCCGCUACACCAAGCAUGUUUAGAUGGUAAUUAUGGUGCAGUCAGAAUGUUAGUAAGUCAUGGAGCGGAUAUCAAUAGAAAAGAUACUGAUUGUUGGACACCUUUACAUGCUGCUUGUGCUGAAGGUCAUGCACAGAUAGUCAAGUAUUUAUUGAAGAAAGGGGGUGAUUAUAGGGCAACGACAGAUAAAGGUGAACGACCUCUAGACCUUGUGGAACCUACAGAUUUUAAAACAAUUAGUGUGAUGUUAGCUAAACCAAGUACUUUAAAAACUGAGUCGGACGAGGAGGAGGUGGGUGGCGAUGAGAACGCUAACAGUUGA